ACUAAAUCUGGUGUUGUCAUAAACAUUUAAUUCAUAUCAUUAAUGUCCGUCAUAGCAAAUAAACAUGUAAUUAAUUCACAGUUAAAAUAGUUACUAAAUAUUAUGUUAUACAACCAAUAAAUAUCACAAAAUAACUAUAGUAUAAUUUUUUCAUGCAGUCGGCAAUCCAGAAUAUGUGACGCGGGUCCCGUAAGUUGCAAUGUCAAUCCAUAUAGCACAUCGUCUGUGGCAAUAAUUUUAUAACUGUGUUCAUUGGAUGCAAUUUUCGUACGCAUGCGCCCUAGAAAUUAGUCUUGUAAAACGCCUCUAUAAAAAAUUUUCUGUGAUGGUACUAUAACUGACGUGUUUUACUUAUUUUGUACCCGUUAUUUUGUAGUAGUUAAGAUGACAUUUGAUAAUCUGUAAAAUGAAAUUUGAAUAAAACAGUAAAUAGUAAAUACGUAUGUAUUAUAUGAUGGCUGAAAGUUUAGCAAAAGUGUUUGCUACUGAAGAUUUUAGUCCAGAGAAAUUUGUUAAAGAAUUAAGCGCACAAUGCGUUGGUGCAGAUGAAUUGAGGCAACAACGUGCCAAGAUUCAAGAGCUUGCAAAUAAUACAUCUGCGCAGCUCAAGCGUAAUGUUUACCAAAACUAUAUGCAAUUUAUAGAAACCGCUAAGGAAAUAUCACAUCUAGAAAGUGAAAUGUAUCAGUUGUCACAAUUAUUAAGUGAACAACGUUCCUUAUUGAGCACAUUAGGAUCCACUAGAACUACGGGUGUUAUUUUUGAAGAUCUAUCGGAAUCUAGAGAAGAAGGUACUAAUGAAUUUACCUCCAAAGAAGAGGAACAAAAGCAAAAGCUGAUACAACUACUUGAAAAUGUAGAAGGUGCUAUGAGUUUAGCUGAAACACCAGGUCGUACGUGCUUACAUGAAGGUUCAUUACUAGAGCUGGAUCCAUUAGAGGGAACACCAUUGAAAAGGGUUCAUGCAUAUUUAUUUAAUGACAUAUUAAUGAUCUCUUCUUGGUUGGCAAAUGGAAAUAGACGAGGACCACCUAGAUAUAAAAUGCAAGCAGUUUAUAAUCUUGAAAGUCUAGCAGUUGUUAAUGUAAGAGAUCUAGGAACAGUGAAAUUAGCAUUCAAGCUUUUAGCAUUUUCCGAUACCAGAGUAUUUCAAUGCGCAACUGCAACAAGUAAAAAAGAGUGGCUGGAUAAAUGUGAGCAAGCAAAAAAAAUGAAAUUAGCUGAAGACAAUCCAAAUGGGGAUACUCAACAGACCGAUACAAGGUCUAAAGAGGAAAAAAUAGCACCUUCUCGUUCGAUGUCUCUUGAUUCCAAUACCCUAGGUAUAGAUGAUAUAGAUUCAGAAUUGUUUGAACCACCACCUGAAUGGAUGUUAGAAGUUGCAGAAGACUUGGAUUCUUGUAUAGCUCAACGUCACUUUGAAGAAGCUUAUAGCCUUUUAGAGAAGGCGAAAACGUAUUUAAAAGAUAGUCAAACCACGCCAAUUUUACUUGAAAUACAGUCAAAAGUAAACGACAGAGGACGAUCUCUGGUCGAUGUUUUAACGAAGGAACUUGAAGUAAGUGCGGAAGCAAAAUCACUUCAAGGCGGUGGUUUAAGAAGUGCACGGCGUAUAGUAAAGCUAUUAAUACAACUUAACAGAAGUGCUCAAGCCUGUCAAUUAUAUUUAAGACUGUGUACUGCUAUGCUAAAAGCACGUUUAAAAAGAGUUAAGAAAGAAGGAACCAUUACAGCUUACACGAAGCAACUUAGUGCAAUCGCGUUUAGCAACAUCGUAGAAAUUGCUAAAGAAUUUCAAAAACUUUUUUCACAAUCUGCAAAUUGUACAUCCGGUUUAGUAGUGUGGUGCAGUCAAGAAGUUAAACAUCUAACGACGCAUUUAAUUAAACAACUUUUUGUUCCCCAAGUAUCUUUAAGUACGUUGGUAGAGUGUAUUGUUGCCGUUCGAUGUCAUUGUGACCAGUUAACGCAUCUUGGAAUGGAUUUUCGUUAUCAACUGGACGGUCAACUGAGAUCUCCGUUGACCAAAGCUAUACAAGAUUCUGGUGAAAAAUAUGUUAAUAUAGUCAAAAAGCACAUAGCUGAAGAUACUUGGCGGCCGACUAAUUUAGAAACAAGCAAAAACGUUCAGAAAUUACUAUCUGAGAUGGACGAUCUUGGAAUAACAGUACCAUCUUCUUACGUAACAAAUGAGUAUUGGAUCUCAUUAACCAAGAAUACGUUAGCUUUCUCAAAAAUUUACGUCAGUCUCUUAGAAGAUUGUUUAAACGUUGCUACACCAGAACUCAUGGCUACAAUAGACGGAGUUUUAGUGACAGUGAUGCGAGUUCAAGUGCAACAUGUUAUUGUGUCACUUACGAAUCCGAAAUUAAAGCAAGAGAAGCAGUUGGUCCAUGAUAACGCAACCUACAUUCGGGACGUUAUAAUCGCGAGAGGACUAGAGCUGUAUAAAUCGACAACCAAUCAAAUCUUCAAAAAACUGUUGGCCUUAAAAGAGCAAAUCGUAUUUGACUCUUUAUCUGUGACAAAACCCAAACCUGCGCCUAGGACAUCAGUAGCGAAAUAUUUGACCACGGAAUAUAUUUAACUGCGUUGAUAUAUAUAUAUAAAUAUUGCACUAUUGUACAUAAUGGAGUGUAAGAGAAACUGUAAUUUUAAGAAAAAUAUAGAAUGUUUCAUUAA